AUGGAAACUACCCAUCUACAAGCACUCGCAUUGAAUUUUCUAAAAAACAUACCAGGCUUUCUCAAUGAGGGAGUCGACAUCCCGACACUAAGCAACUGCCACAAAUGUAACGGGCAAAUUUUAUCGGUUCCACUACGAGCAUUUACGGUACUCUCCUGUGGUCAUAUACUUCAUCGAACUUGCAUCCAGGAAAUUAUCAUGGAAACUGAAGCAAAAUGUCCG